GGGCGCGCGCCCAGCUGGCCUUUCCCUCCCGCCCUGCAAGGAAGGCCCGCCGCCGCCGCCUUCGCCAUGGUGCUGGAGUCGGUGGUGGCCGACCUGCUGAACCGCUUCCUGGGCUGCUACGUGGAGAACCUGAACAAGUCCCAGCUCAAGCUGGGCAUCUGGGGGGGCAAUGUGGCCCUUGAUAACCUCCUAAUCAAGGAAAAUGCUCUGAGUGAAUUGGACGUACCGUUUAGAGUAAAGGCUGGUCAAAUAGAUAAGCUUACUCUGAAGAUUCCUUGGAAGAAUUUAUAUGGUGAAGCAGUCGUUGCAUCCCUAGAAGGCUUAUAUCUUCUUGUUGUCCCUGGGGCAAGCAUUAAAUAUGAUGCAGAAAAAGAAGAAAAAUACCUACAAGAUAAUAAGCAAAAGGAGUUGUCAAGAAUUGAAGAAGCCUUACAAAAAUCAGCAGAAAAAGGCGCUCCUUCAGAUCUCAUACGUGGCCUGGAGAGCGUUGUGCAGUCGCCCGGACGUAAGUCUAAAAAGACUAAAAAACAUUUUAAGAAACCAUUUAAAGCUCGUGAGCACUCAAAAGAUAAGCCAAAAGAACAGAAGAAAGAUACUUUCUUGGAAAAGCUUGCAACCCAAGUCAUCAAAAACGUACAAGUCAAAAUCACCGGCAUCCAUAUUAAGUAUGAAGAUGAUAUCACAGAUCCUAAGCGACCGAUUUCUUUAGGAAUGACUCUGGCAGAGCUCAGCUUGCAGACCACAAAUGACAACUGGACUCCUUGUAUUUUAAAUGAGGCUGCGAAGAUCAUCUACAAGCUUUUGAGCCUUGAUUCCCUCAGUGUCUACUGGAAUGUGGAUAGUGAAAUGUAUUACCGCUCUUCCCGGGAGCAAAUCUUGGAGCGGUUGAAAAAAGGAGUCCCUUCUAUGAACCAAGAGCUUCCUGACUAUCAGUACAUAUUUAAGCCCGUAUCGGCUUCUGCAAAACUCUACCUUAACCCUCAUGCCGAAGAAGAACUGGAAACUCCCAAGAUUGACUGGGCCAUGGAAGUCCAGAGCAUCGCUGUUGAACUCACCAAGCCUCAGUACCUUAGUAUGAUUGAUCUCUUGGAAUCCAUUGAUUACAUGGUCCGAAAUGUCCCGUAUAGAAAAUACAGACCCGAAGUACCUGUGCAUGGGAAUGCCCAACAGUGGUGGAAGUACGCAGGAAAUUGCAUUCUUGACGUUCACAUCAAGCGAUACACACAGAUGUGGUCGUGGAAUCAUAUAAAGAGCCACAGGCAACUUCUGAAAAGUUACAAAAAUGCUUACAAAGUUAAACUGACACAAACCAAAUUGUCAGAGGAAAAUCAGAAACAAAUCCAGGACUUGGAGAAGGCUCUCGAUGUUUUCAACAUUGUUUUAGCAAGGCAACAAGCACAAACCGAGAUUGUGAGGUCAGGACAAAAACUCUCCAAGAAAUCCGCAGAUGGGGAGAAGAAAAGUGGCUGGUUUUCUGGCUUUUGGGGCAGGAAGGAACCCAAGAAGAAAGACGAAGAAGAAGACACGUCAGUCCCUGAAACUAUCGAUGACCUCAUGACCCCUGAAGAGAAGGCAAAGCUGUUCACCGCCAUCGGGUACAGCGACAGUUCCCACAACCUGACUUUACCCAAAAAGUAUGUGGCCCACGUGGUCUCCCUGAAACUCCUAAGCACCUCCUUUACUAUUAAAGAGGACAGGCAUGUCCCGGACACUCUCAAAAUUCAGAUCAUCGAUUUAAGCACUAAAAUCUCGCAGAGGCCGGGCGCGCAAGCUCUGAAGAUAGAGGCAAAACUUGAACAUUGGUACAUGACGGGCUUGAGGCAACGGAACAUUGUGCCUUCUCUCGUGGCCUCCAUUGGGGGCGCUGAGUCGUCUCUGCUUGAGAUCAAGUUUGAGACCAACCCGGAAGACAGCGUGGCUGACCAGAGCCUCUUCGUUCAGUCGCAGCCCGUAGAAAUCAUCUACGAUGCGAGAACAAUCAACGCCCUGGUGGAAUUCUUCCAAACUAACCGAGGCAUGGACCUUGAACGCUUAACCACGGCCACCUUGUCGAAACUGGAAGAAAUUAAAGAGAGGACUGCCACAGGGCUGAUGCAUAUCAUUGAAACACGAAAAGUGCUGGACCUCAGGAUUAACUUGAAGCCUUCCUAUCUUCUUAUCCCACAAACUGGCUUCCACCAUGAAAAGUCAAACUUACUUAUUUUGGACCUAGGUACUUUCCAGCUGAAGAGCAUCAGCCAAGGUCACCAGCAGAACUCAGGCAGUUCCUUAGAAGAGAUCAUGGACAAAGCCUAUGACAAAUUUGAUGUAGAAAUCAAGAACGUACAACUGCUGUUUGGCAGAUCAGGGGAAGAUUGGAAAAAAGCCCGGUCUGAGCCCGCAUCCUUGCUGCACAUAUUGCGUCCCAUGGACAUGUGUAUCCAAGUUGCCAAAUCAAUGGUGGAGAAGGACGUCAGAAUGGCAAAGUUUAAAGUGUCAGGAGAGCUUCCUUUGGUUCACCUGAGAAUUUCUGAUCAGAAGAUCAAAGGGGUUUUUGAGCUUAUUGACAGCAUUCCUCUCCCACAGAAAUCCGAUGUUUCAGUUUCAAGUGCAAAGGCUCCUGCCAUUCCUGUGGUUUCUGAUGGAAGGAAAGACUUCCUUGGUGCCACACUAUUGCUGGAAGAAUUAGAAUCAGAAUCUGAGGAUGAAUAUUUUGAUUCUGAUGAUUAUCCCCAACAACCAGAGAAAGUGGUUUACCCCCCAAAAAAACAGCUAAAGAAUGAGACUAAAAGUGUUCAGGAAGAGCUGACAAACCUGCAAUUAAAAUUUGAAAUUAAGGAGGUGAUUUUGGAACUGACCAAGCAGCUGCAGAGAGAAGAAACAAUACUUGUAUUUAACGUGCAGCAGCUUGGGAUGGAAGCUACUGCUAGAACAUUCGACCUGAGAGCUGAGUCUUACUUGAGAAAGAUUAGCCUGAAUUAUUAUGAAAUUCAAGGUAAACGGCAGGAAGUUCAUUUGAUUAGUUCAUCGGAUGUCUCCGGAUUAGACCUUUUGAAAGUAGAAUAUAUCAAGGCUGAUAAAAAUGGUCCAAAAUUUCAGACAGUUUUUGACAAUACGGAACAAAGAAUGGAGGUGACCUUCUCCUCCCUCCAAGUGGUGCUGCACACCCAGGCUCUUCUCUCGGCCCUGGGGUAUCUCAUGGCUGUGGUCCCAGCAAGGGAGAAGCAGCCACCAGCCCUGCAGAGACGGGAAGAGACCCAGAGGACGGAGUCUGCUGGGAAGGAAGUGGCAAAAACGAGCAAGGACAAGGAUGUGUUUAAUUUCAAAUUCUUUGCCAAGAUGGAGGCCUUCUGUUUGAACAUUUGCGAUGAGAAGAACAAUAUUGCUGAAAUAAAAGUUCAAGGCCUUGACUCCUUCCUUUUUCUGCAGUCCAGUCAAACUAUUCUCUUUGCCCGGCUGAAAGAUGUUGUUGUUAUUGAUGUUGACUCGAGGACAAUUCAUAAAAAGGCGGUUUCCAUAGUCGGCGAUGAAGUCUUCAGUUUCAACCUGGCCUUAUAUCCAGACGCCACUGAGGGAGAAGCUUACAUGGAUAUGUCCAAAGUGGAUGGAAUUGUGGCUCUCAAAGUGGGCUGCAUUCAGAUCAUAUAUCUACACAAAUUCCUCAUGACACUCCUGAAUUUCCUCAGCAACUUCCAAAUUGCCACUGAGGCCUUGAGCGCUGCUACAGUGCAGGCUGCCGAGAAGGCUGCCACCAGCAUGAGGGACUUCGCCCAGAGGAGUUUCCGCCUCUCCAUGGACAUCAACCUGAAGGCCCCCGUCAUCGUCGUCCCGCAGUCUUCUGUCUCUUGCAAUGCUGUGGUCUUUGAUCUUGGGCUGAUUAAAAUACAAAACCAGUUCAGCCUGGUGCCAGCGGAGGAUUGCUCGCUGCCUCCCAUCAUGGAUAAAAUGGAGGUGCACCUCACCCAGCUGAAGCUGUCCAGGACAGUCUUGCAGCGAGGGGCUUCACAGCCUGACAUUCAAAUUCUGCACCCCAUUAAUCUGGACCUUUCAGUCAACCGCAACCUGGCUGGGAUGUGGUAUCACAAAAUACCCCUGCUGGAAGUCCGAGGUUACCUUGAUACCAUCAGCGUUAUCCUGAGUCAGGAGGAUUUAAAUGUUCUGCUUAAAGUUAUGAAUGAAAACCUGGCUGAAGCAGACAAAACCGACCCUGGGGCAGAACCAGCAGAGUCGACGGAAGCAGGCAAGGCAAAAGAAAUGGUGCCGUUGGCUGGGACCCCGAAAUCCAGCAUCUCGGGAGAAGCCCUGACGGAAGAUAGAACCAGCCUGCUGCUGAACUUUGAAAUAAACAAGGUCUUAGUAACAUUAACGAAGCAAGUGGAAAAGCAAAGCUUUCCUUUAUACAGGCUCACAGUAUUAAAACUUGGAAGUGAAGGUAGAAUAAAAAUGCACGAUAUGACUCUUACAGCAUAUCUUAAGAAAGUCCAGAUGAAUUGCCUUGAAUUCACUGAUUCCAAAGGAGAUCCAUUAAAUAUUAUUAGUUCUUCAGAUGAAUCUGGCAAGCAUCUUCUAAAGAUGGAAUAUGUUAAGGCCAAUGUUGAUGGUCCUCACUUCGACACCGUUUACAACAGAACAAAGCAGUUGCUGAAUGUAUCCUUUUCUUCGUUAGACUUACUUUUGCACACCGAAGCCUUGCUUUCUAUCAUGAAUUUUUUCACAUCUGCCUCAAGUGGCCUCACGCCAGCUGAGAAGGGGGCUGAAGUAGAGCAACCAUCAGAAGAUCCCAAAAUAGCUGUUGCAAAAUCAGAUGCUGCCCCUGCAGCCGUCCCUGAUGAUGUGUUCGACUUGAAGCUCACUGCCAAAUUGAAUGCCUUUAACGUUUUGGUCUGUGACCAGAAAGCUAAUAUUGCAGAUAUACGAAUUCAAGGCAUGGAGGCCUGUGUGUUUACCACAACAAAGCACACUGAAGUUUUUGCCCGGCUUCGGGAUGUCAUCAUAACCAACGUCGAUCCGGAAACGGUUCAUAAAAAGAUAGUCUCGAUAGUGGGAGACGAAGUCUUCCGGUUCACGAUGUCCCUUUAUUCCGAUGCCACCGAAGGAGACGCUUACAUGGACAUGUCCAAGUUUGAUGGCAAAAUGUCUCUGAAAGUGGGCUGCGUUCAGAUCGUCUAUGUGCACAAAUUCUUCAUGACGCUUCUGCAUUUUCUCAACCACUUCCAAACGGCCAAGGAGGCACUGAGCGCUGCCACGGUUCAAGCCGCAGAAAAGGCCGCCUCCAGCAUGAAGGAUUUUGCUCAGAAGAGCUUUCGCCUCUCGAUGGACAUCAACCUGAAAGCUCCCGUCAUCCUGAUCCCUCAGUCUUCCGUGUCCAACAAUGUAUUGAUAGCCGAUCUUGGCUUAAUCAGAGUUUGGAACGAAUUCACCCUGGUCUCUGGGGAGAAGAAGAUGCCUCCUCCGGUGAUUGACAAGAUGGAUAUCCAACUCACCCAGUUGAAGAUCUCCAGGAUGGUGGUGGGCAACAGACCUCAGCCAGAGACCGAAAUUUUGCAGCCAGUCAAUCUACAGCUGUCAGUUCAGAGGAACUUGGCCUCUGAUUGGUAUCUGCAGAUUCCAGGGAUCGCCAUCCAAGGAGACUUAAAGGCCAUGCUGAUCUCACUCAGUCAGGACGACUUGACUUUGCUCAUGAACAUUUUGCUAGAGAAUCUCAGUGAAGCUGCUGCAGAUCCCAAAGUCACACACUCCACCUUGCCAGAUGCUCAGAAGUUUAAAAAGCCCAAAGCUGAAGCUGUGGCUGGCCUUGAUGAAGGAACCCCUGAGAUUCCUGCAGGCGAAGCAUCUGGGGAAGCCCAGCUGAAGAAAAGUGUGGCCAUCAUGUUUCACUUCAACUUUGAAUCGCUCUCCGUCGUUCUCUACAAUGCUGAUAAGAACCAGAAAUCUCAGCUUUCGCUUCACAAUAGCCACUUGCGCCUUGGAGAACUCCGGCUGCAUUUCAUGAGAUCAUCAGGACAAAUGUUUUCGGACGGCUCUCUGGAUGUCAGCACUAAGAUGGAAACAUGCACCUUGGAUGAUCUCAGAGAAGGGGUCGAGAAAGCAUCUGCAAGAAUGCUAGCCAGAAAGGAUGGUAAAGAUGAUAUUGUCAUGAUUGAUAUCAACUACAAGCAAGAUAAAAACGGGACCGACAUCGUAGCUGUCUUGGAUCAGCUGUAUUUGUGUGCCAGCAUGGAGUUCUUGCUGACAGUGGCCGACUUCUUCAUUCAGUCCCUGCCUGCAGCCAAACCGGUGGAAAGGCCGGCCCAGUUCGCAUUGAAGCCAGCUUCCCAGGGAAAGCCUAAGCCCAAGAAAGCUGCAGCUGCGCGAUCAAACAUGUCAGUCGUAGCUCACAUCAUGGAUCCAGAAAUUGUGUUUGUGGCCAACUUGACCAAGGCCGAUGCACCCGCCUUGGCAGCUUCCUUCCAGUGCAGCUUCAUGCUGUCGGGGGGCUCCGAGGCGCAGCAGAUGACCGCUCGGGUCCUGGACCUCAGGGUGCUGGCCUGCCCCUUCCUCCGGGGGACAGCAAAGAAGAAGGUCACCACGGUGGUGCAUCCAUGCUCUUUAACUGUGGAAGCCACGAUGGAUACUUCUGGAGUGCAAAGCGUGGAUGUGAACAUGGACACCUUGAUUGUGAAAGUGUCACCAAUAAUUCUCAACACUGUCAUGACUAUCCUGGCUGCUAUGAAGCGACAGACCAAGGAGGAAGAAUCUGGAGGGACCCUUUGUAAUCCUGUGGACCUCUGGAGCAUCAGAUCUGUGGACGAGUGCCAGAGUUGGUUCCUGGGCGUCGACAUGGCCACAGAAGCCACAGAAGCCUUGCUAGCCAGCGAGCAGAGUGAAAAAAAGGAACAUUUUGAGGUGGUGGUGAAAUCGGUUCAGGUCACCCUGGAGUGCGGCUUGGGUCAUCGUACCGUCCCUUUACUGUUAGCAGAAUCUGCAUUUUCUGGAACCGUAAAAAAUUGGUCUUCUCUCAUGUCAGCCCGAGCUGAUGUGACGCUGGAGGUGAAUUAUUACAACGAAACCCAUGCUCUCUGGGAACCUCUGAUAGAACAAGUGGAUAGAGAAGGACAUCGCUGGAACUUAAAAUUGGAAAUGAAGACAAACCCCGAGCAGGACAGAGGUCUGUUGCCAGGAGACGACUUUAUCAUUCUACCUGAACCCCAGCAGCUGAUCUCUAUCUCUUCAAAAGACACCAUGAAUAUAACCAUAUCCAAAUGUUGCUUAGCUGUCCUUAAUAAUCUAGCCAAGGGCUUCUCGGAAGGAACCGCUUCCACUUACGACGCUACUUUGAAAGACCGGGCUCCCUUCACGGUCAGAAACGCUCUGGGAAUCCCUGUCAGUAUCCACACCUGCAGAGGCCUCCAGGUUGUGGGGUUCCCUAAAAGUGAUAGCAUUCAGGGGGUCGGACUUGGUCAGAGCUUAGAACUGGAAUAUGCCACCUCGGAGUCUCUGGACAGAAGAAGGCUUAGCAUCCUACGUCGCCAAGACAGCUGUCUGCUAACUCUGAGCUUUGGGCCUGAAGGCUACAGUGAGGUCUCAGCUGUUCCCAUAGCCAAGCCAGGGCGGAGGCUCCACAGUGUGAGAGCGCCCCAGAGCAGCUCCUCCAACUCGGUCGUGGUGCAGAUAGAUGCAGAAGAAGGGAACAAAAUGAUCACCCUGCGCUCCCCUCUCCAGAUUAAAAACCACUUCUCUGUCCCGUUUAUAAUCUACAAAUUUGUUAAGGAUAUUAAACAGCUGAAGCCUUUAGGUGUGUCUCUUCCAGAAGAGGAAUUUCAUGUUCCAUUAGAUUCGUAUCGAUGUCAGCUGUUUGUUCAGCCAACGGGCAUCUUAAAAGGACAAUAUGAGCCAUCCACAACCUACAUAUCUUGGCAAGAAGAACUGCACAGGAGUAGCGAAGUUACCUGUAUGCUUCAAUGCCCGGCCACCGAUACCAGUUUCCUGCCACUCCGCUUGAAAGCCACGGCCGUGCCCGAUGAGCUCAACUUCAUCGCAACUCACAAGGAGAACUGGGAGCCGGCCUACAUUAUUCAUUUCUACCCCACACUUACCCUGCAGAAUCUUCUACCUUACUCUUUGCAAUACAUCCUCGAGGGCACAGCCAAGGCCCACGAGCUGCAUGAAGGAAGCGCUGCUGAUGUUCUUCACUCGAGAAUCAGCGGGGAGGUCAUGGAGCUGAUCCUGCUCAAAUAUCAGGGCCGAGACUGGAGCGGGCGCUUUCGUGUCCAUGAGGCACUGCCGGAGUUCUUCCCGGUCUGCUUCACCUCACAUUCUGCAGAAGUGGCUACGAUGGAUCUUUACCUUCACGUCAGGAAAGCCAGCACCCACACCACCCUCUCGGUGUAUAGUCCCUACUGGAUCAUCAAUAAGACUUCCCGCGUCCUCCAGUAUCGCGCCGAGGACGUUCACGUGAAACACCCAGCAGACUUUCGAGACACUGUCUUAUUCUCCUUCAAGAAAAAGAAUAUUUUCAGUAAAAACAAGAUCCAGCUGUGCAUCUCCACCAGUACUUGGUCAAGCAGUUUCUCCCUGGAUACAGUGGGAAAUUCUGGGUGUGUGAAGUGUCCAGCCGGCAACAUGGAUUUUCUGGUUGGCGUUACUAUUCAAAUGAGCAGCUUCAACCUGACUCGGAUCGUCACUCUGACGCCAUUCUAUACCAUAACAAACACCUCUUCCUUGGAGCUGGAAUUUGGAGAAAUAGGAGCUGAUGGAUCGUUUCCUACUAAUAAAUGGAAUUACUUCUCACCCUCAGAGUGUGUUGCGUUUUGGCCUGAAAGUCCAUCUGGCAAGCUGUGCGUCAGAGUGAGCGGCUCCGAGCAAGUCUCCAAGUCCUUCUUCUACAACCGACAGGACAAGGGAACGUUGCUGAGCCUGGAAAAAAUGAAUACGGGUAUCCUGGUGAACGUCAGCGUGGCUGAGCAUUCCAUAGUUAUCAACUUCUCCGAUUAUUACGAGGGGGCUGCCCCUGCAUUGGUCAUUAAUCAGACUUCGUGGGCGACUCUGAAGUACCAGCAGAGCGGCCUGCAGGAAGUGAUGGAACUGAAGCCGAAGGAAGUUAGAUUGUUCGUUUGGGCAGAUCCUACAGGGAUAAGAAAAUUAAGUUGGAACUAUGCACAAAACACCGGUGAACUCGAUCUUCUCAAGGACGAGUGUGGUCAGUUUCCCUACAAUGCCAACACCCCCAUCCACUGGGUCUCUUUCCUGGAUGGGCGGCAGAGGGUCCUGCUGUUCACGGAGGACGUGGCUUUGGUGUCCAAAGCAAGGCAGGCUGAGGAGAUGGAGCAGCCUGACCAGGAAAUAAGCAUCGCUCUUCAGGGCCUCGGCCUUUCACUGGUCAACAACAACAGGAAACAGGAGAUCUCUUACAUAGGCAUCACCAGUUCAGGCAUUGUCUGGGAACUGAAACCAAAGCAAAGGUGGAAGCCCUUUAAUCAGAAGCACAUCAACCUCUUGGAACAGGCUUAUCAAAGGCAUCUCUCUGUGCAGAGCACGGAGCCUUCCGGCUGGAUGAAGAUCAACAACAAUUUUGAGAUAAACUUCGAUAAGGUGCCAAUGGAAAUGCGCCUUCCAUUCAAAUGCAUAAUCAAGCGAGACUUUCUGUCGGCCAUCCAAAUUGAAUUCAAGCAGUCAGCACAUCAGAAGAGCUUACGGGCUCAGUUAUACUGGCUUCAGGUGGACAACCAACUCCCCGGUUCCAUGUUCCCGGUGGUGUUUCACCCUGUGGCUCCUCCCAAAUCCAUCGCACUCGAUUCAGAACCGAAACCUUUAAUUGACAUCAGCAUCAUAAUUCGGUUUAAUGAAUACAGCAAAGUGUUGCAGUUCAAGUAUUUCAUGGUUCUCAUCCAGGAGAUGGCUUUGAAGCUGGAUCAGGGAUUCCUAGCAGCUGUGAUUGACCUCUUCACUCCAGCCACAGACCCAGAAGCUGGGAAGCAGAAGACCGGGUUGAUACAGAAAGAUAUCGAUGCUCUUAACACGGAGUUGAUGGAAUCCUCCUUGACGGACGUCUCCACUCUUAGUUUCUUUGAACACUUCCACAUUUCUCCACUGAAGCUCCAUUUAAGCCUUUCCUUGGGCUCUGGCACCGACGCAUCCGAGUCCGGCCAGGGUGACGUGAUUGCCAUCCAUUCUGUCAAUCUGCUCCUGAAGAGCAUUGGAGCCACCUUGACCGAUGUGGAUGACCUCAUCUUCAAGCUUGCUUUCUUCGAAAUCAAAUACCAGUUUUACAAAAGAGAUGAAUUGCUGUGGAGAGUCAUUGGCCAUUACAGCGGGCAAUUCCUGAAGCAGAUGUACAUUCUUGUGUUGGGGCUGGAUGUCCUGGGCAACCCCUUCGGCUUAAUCAGAGGCCUUUCGGAAGGUGUGGAGGCCCUAUUCUACGAGCCCUUCCAGGGAGCUGUCCAGGGACCUGAAGAGUUUGCCGAGGGGCUUGUGAUUGGCGUGAGGAGUCUUCUUGGCCACACUGUUGGUGGUGCUGCAGGCGUGGUGUCCCGCAUCACUGGCUCGGUCGGAAAAGGCCUGGCUGCCAUCACCAUGGAUAAGGAGUUCCAGCAGAAGAGACGGGAGGAGAUGGGGCGCCAGCCGAAGGACUUUGGGGACAGCCUCGCCAAAGGUGGAAAGGGCUUUCUGAGGGGAGUUGUUGGCGGAGUAACUGGGAUAGUCACAAAACCUGUAGAAGGUGCCAAGAAGGAGGGCGCGGCUGGCUUCUUCAAGGGCAUCGGGAAGGGACUGGUGGGAGUGGUGGCCCGCCCAACCGGGGGCAUCAUUGACAUGGCCAGCAGUACCUUCCAAGGGAUUCAGAGAGUGGCUGAGUCUACUGAAGAAGUCUCCAGCCUGCGCCCCCCUCGCCUCAUUCGCGAAGACGGGAUCAUUCGGCCCUACGACCGAGGCGAGGCCGACGGUUGUGACUUGUUUGAGAACUCCCACAUCAAGAAGCUGGAGGCCGAGAGUUUCCAGCACUAUUGUCCAAUCCCAGGAAGAGGAAAGACCUACAUUGUGGUCACCAGCAGGAGAGUCAUCUUAAUGAAAGAAGUGGAGAUCCUAGGUCACAUGACCACAGACUGGGAUUACUUAUAUGAAGAUUUUACACGACCCCCCAGGACAGAUGAAAACCUGCUGCAAAUCUUCGUUAAGGACAAAGGGAUUCUGCCAUUCUCCAAAAAGGAGAGUUCGGGACAAGAAUUAAUAAAGAAAAUCCGACUACCGGACGUGGCUGCCGCAAAGAGAACGUGUCAAGCCAUCGAUGCGGCUGAAGCCAGCAGGCACCAGCAGACCCUGGUGAAGCAAGCCUCUCUGAAAAGAAGCACAUCCAGGACGUGACUGGGACACGGGGGGCCUUCGCUCAGCCCCUCCUUCAGGAAAUGUCUUUGGGGGAACAAUCCGUGUGUGGCCUCAGCUUUACUCUAUCUAGAUUGCAGUCGGUUGUGGGUGUGUUUUUAAAAAAUCUUGACAAUCGAGACCCCAAAGAAAAAAUCCCGAAAUUCCUUCUGCUUUAAAUCCCCUUUUACUAAAUGAAUUAAAAUUCAUUUCUACUGCCUUUGACAGAAAAUAAGUUUUCCGUGACCCUCCUAUCAGGUCUACUCAGGGGGAGAUUUUUGUAAUGCAGAAGAUUCCAGGGACUUCAGUGGAUGAUAGCCAUGCAGUUGUAAUCAGGGACAGAUGUUCUUUCUUCAUGCUGGUCAGUAAAUAAUGCCUAAUUAUGCUCAUUACUCUUAUUUAGAUUUAUGUGAUACAGAAAUGAACAUUUGGCUUAGAUCAUAAAUUCUCUUUUUGAAAUGUUCUUCACAUUUCCACCAGAUUCUCUGGCGACAAUAUAUACAAAAAAAUACCUAGGCUUAAAAGAAGGAACCGAUUCAGGGUCCUGGCACAUUGCAUCUCUCACCACCAAAUGCAAAGGUUGAAAGCCCACCUCCCUCAACUCCGCCCGACUCUUGGCUCCCUUAUCUCCCUUAUCUCCUCCAGGGAAUUUUAGGCUGGAGUUCAGCAACACCCAGGUGCUUGCCAGGGAUCGGACCCUGGGUGGCUCAACCCCUCUGAGAAAGACUCCUCCAUCUGUACUAUUCCUGCCAAAGUCCUCUUUGGAGGCAACGUAGUAAAUCAUAUGGGCUGCCACACAGGCAUUUCUGCUCAACAUUCAGUAUUUCCUAGCCCAGUUAUUUGUAUCGGGGGGGGGGGGAUGCUCUCUUUUUGCACACUUGUUUUAGGUAGCACCUUCAUACCCACAACAUGCUAGCAUUAACAUCAACAUGGCCAGAACUGGUUAAGGAUAUUUUUAGCUCCAUUUAUAGUCUCAGCACAGCCAAUUUACACCCCAGAAUAAUCCUUCCGUGCCAAAGAGUUUGCAAUGAGCAAGAUACAGAUUUAUAUGUCAGCAGUUACAGUCAAAUUACAGUAGAGUCACUGCCUCAAGCAAAACACAAUAGCACAAACAUGUUAUUUACAAAAUAGCAGGAUCAAUGCCUAAAUAAUAUUAGGCUCUAAUUUAGAACUUUAAAUGAGGAACAAACUAUUAUGGCCAGAUCAGAGUUAGCAGGUAGAUAUCUUCAAACUUACCUAGUUCACUCAGGAAGUUUGGCUGUUGGUCAUAUAAAAUGUACUAUUUUCUGUGUUUACUUUUGUUACGUAUAUUAUAUACUGCCAAAUAAAAAUAUUUUACAUGCAA